AUCCUUGCUACGAUGAGAAGAAAAACCGUGCGAUGCAAACAUUAGGUCCUCACGAAACCUUCUACGAUCGUAGCUACCGAUCUAAGUUCGACCGUGACGUCACCCCGAUCAUGAUGGCAGCCAUGUAUAAUGAAGUCGACAUCCUCCGAAUACUCAUGGAUCGAGGUGACGAUGUUGUCAAACCCCAUCACCCUCUCUGUGGAUGUACAACCUGUUUGAACCGGAAGGAGUAUGAUCCUCUCAUGCACUCUCUAUCCAUCAUUAAUGCAUAUCGCGCAUUGUGUAGUGAAGCCUACAUCUCAUUGACGAGUGAAGAUCCUAUCUUGACUGCUUUCCUCUUGAGCAAAGAGCUAGACGGCCUCUGUCGGACAGAGAAAGAGUUCAAGACUGAGUACAAGGAACUGAAACAGAAAUGCAAAAUGUAUGCAUCCAACCUUCUCGAUAUGUGUCAAAAUACGGAGGAGGUGAAAACGAUCUUGAAACAGGCGGCGAUCUCAGAAACUGAAGUCAAAGAGCAGGCCUGCCACAAUCCUCUUGAGAAUGACAAGGAAGAUCAGAACGCCCUCCCACGACUGGAGAUGGCCAUCGAAUACCAACAAAAACAGUUUGUAGCUCAUCCUCAUUGCCAGCACCAUCUUUCUACGCUGUGGUACCAGGGGCUUCCGAAAAUCAGACUGAUAACACAUGGAGGAGAAUGUGUUUACAAGGUAUGUUCAUCAUGCACGUAG